AUUUGAGGUGGACGAAUCCAUCCUACUUUACAACUUUAAACCAAAUCAUGAUUUGCAAUACCAAAACUAACGUUGUUUAUUUGAUACAGAAGAACAAAUCCUUAAAAAGUUGACCGAAAUCUAUAAAUGUCGUCAGUGUCACUUUUCUUUUUAUACAAACACAAGUUUGUUCCUUGAACGUUCCUAUGGAGUAUAUUUAAUUUCUUUAUAGAAGUAUUAUAUAAAUGAGUGAUAUGUUGGUCCUUUAGCUGUAGAUCUUGGCUUUAUUUUCUACAAUUCUCUCUCUUCCAGGUAUUUCUUCUAGCAACUCUGUUUUUUUUCACUGGAUUAAACAUUUUUAGUCACCCAGAAAGUCAAAAUCUUUAAUUUAUAUGUUGUGUUAGUUUAUCCUUUUGUUAGAUGUUUGAGAUUGACUUUUGUUCCACUUGGCUGCUAGAUUAUUCUUCUGUACCUUAUAUUUCUUCAGAUUUGUAGUGAAAAAACCAAUUUUCUUUCAUACCCACAAUUUGUUUGAUCUUUUGUCUGAGAGAAAUUAGCCAAAAACCCUGUUUUUUUUUUUGUUUUGUUUUAAUAAUGUAUCCUGUUCUUGUUGAUCCUGAAUUAGAGAGCCUGAGCUAUGAACUUAAAUACAAUCCUGAGUUGCUUUCAAACUUUUUCACUCAUCAAGACUUUGGAAAUGGGAUUAGUUUAGGUGACAUCUUUGAAAAUAAUACUUUGGUUGAUCAAAAACCUCAAUCUGUUGAGUUUAAUGAGAGUUGUGUAAGUUCAGAUUCCUUAGAUGCACCUGAUUUUUCUGAUGCUUGUCUUAAAUUUUUGAGUGAUAUUCUUCUGGAAGAGAAUUUGGAUGAGAUUCCUGCUUCUGUACAAGAUGUCAGGGCUCUCGAAGCGACUGAAAAAUCUUUGUAUGAUGCUUUAGGAGAGGAAUAUUCACCUUGUGAUGACCUUACAUCAUUUUUAGAUCAAAGUAUUGAAAACCCAGAUGUUAGUUUUGAGAGGAGUUGGGAUAGUAGUUAUGGGGUUGAGGGUUAUUCCAAUGGUGACACCACUAUUGAGUCGAACGUGGGGAUGAAUCAAACACCGCCUGAGCCUAUUAUAAGCUUGAGUGAUCUUUCUCAUCCUCUGGUGAAACAAAAUUCCCAAUCUUCGGGGUCAAGCAAUAGUGAUGAUUGUGCAGACGGGAUAGCGACCUCCCCUGCCAGCACAGUUUCGUCAGCAGCCUUGAAAAAAGAAGAUAAGGUGGAGAGUCGAUCAAGGAGAAAGAAGAACCGUCAGAGAGAUGAUGGUGCUCAUGGAGGAGGAAGAAGUAAUAAGCAGCAAGCUUCUUCUAAUGAAGAUUAUGUUGAGAUGGAACAGUACGAUGAUGUACUUCUAUGCGGGGAAAACUUAAAUGAUCUUUCCUUACAUGAUAAAGAGAGCAAGAAGUUGCAGGAAAAAGGCUCCAAGGGUAAAAUAACGCGUGGCAAGAAGCAGAAUAAUGUAGUGGAAGAGGUGGAUCUGGGGACCCUUCUCAAUCACUGUGCUCAAGCAGUUUCAAGCUUUGAUCUUAGAGUUGCAAAUGAGAGGCUUAAGCAAAUAAGGCAGCAUUCAUCACCAUAUGGUGAUAGCAUCCAGAGGCUUGCCCAUUAUUUUGCUAAUGGUCUUGAGGCACGCUUAGCUAGCACUGGCUCAACAAUAUCUGGUAAUAUUGUUGAUGCACGUAUGUCAUCAUCGGACUUAUUCAAAGCGUACAGGACAUAUGUGUCAGCUAUUCCGUACCAACGACUGAAUUUUUUCAUGGCUAACACCGCAAUCUUGAAGUUGGCUGAGAAAGCAACAAAAAUCCACAUUAUUGAUUUUGGUGUGUACUUGGGUUUGCAAUGGCCUUGUCUCAUACAGAAUCUUGCAAAGAGACCUGGUGGCCCGGCUAUACUUCGCAUUACUGGAAUAGACUACCCUCAGCAAGGAUUUCGACCAGCAGAAAGGGUUGAGGCAACAGGACGACGUUUGGCAGGUUAUUGUGAGAGAUUUAGCGUGCCUUUCCAGUAUCAGGCCAUUGCAGAGAAGUUGGACAGGAUACGACCAGAUGAUAUAAAAAUUGAGGAUGAUGAACUGGUAAUCAUCAACUGUAUGUGCCGAUCUGGAACAUUACCUGAUGAAACAGUUGAGGCAGACAGUCAAAAGGAUGCUUUCUUAAAGCUAAUCAAACAGCUAAAUCCUCGCCUGUUCAUUCAUGGGGUUGUCAAUGGCACGUUCAACGCUCCAUUCUUUAUCACUCGUUUCAGAGAGGCAAUCUUCCACUACUCUGCUAUUUUCGAUAUUUUUGAAGAAACUCUUCCGCGUGAAGAUCAUGCACGGUUGCUGAUUGAGAGUGAGGUGUUUGGAAAAGAAGCUUUAAAUGUCAUAGCUUGUGAGGGCACUGAAAGGAUUCAAAGGCCUGAAACAUACAAGCAGUGGCAGGUGAGAACAACAAGAGCCGGACUAAGGCAGCUCCCAUUCGAGAGGGAGUUUUUCGAUAGAGCAAAGGCCAUGGUGAAAGCUAAUUACCACAAGGAUUUUGUGGUGGAUGAGGAUAGAAAUUGGUUGCUGCAAGGUUGGAAAGGAAGAACAUUUUAUGCUCUUUCCAUUUGGCAACCUUGCUAACAACUAAGUACCUCUGCUGCAUAAGUUCAUGUUUAGCCUUACUUCCCCCCAUCCCCUCUUCAAUUUUUGUAAUAUGGUGUUCUUUAAUUUUGUGGUUAAGACUAUUUUUAUUGUUUGCGUUUUUCGGGAUUUGAACCUGGAUCCAUUGCCUGAGAACUACAAUUGUCAAAGAAACAAACAAAGAUGUUAAUUAGAUUUGUUGGUUAAA